ACCAGCUCUCACGCAUGUCGAUCUCCUCGAGUCUCUUCUCAAAUGUCUCUUUAGUUCCGCAUGAGAUUGGAAAGAACGUUUAGUGACGGAUUCAUAGCUCAGAAAUCUGAGCAGCUAUCGGGGAUUAUCGAUCAUUGCUGCUUCGCAAUCUUAUCUAACCGACGGCAGGGUAACCGGAUCCACGCCAAGCGAUGCUUCCUCGAAGUGGAAGAUAAAUCAGCGCUUGAUCUCUUCAGAAUGACGAUCUUGAGAUCCUAAACUCACAAAAAUCCACAGGAGAAAGAGCGGGGAGACUCUUCCCGGCAUCGGAGACUCAGUGUAUGCGCGUCGGCCGUAUCAUCAUUGUGAUCCUUGAGGCGACGAUAUAUGCUAUUCCACUCCAUGCUGGGUGGUCCAUAUAUGUAUCGACUCAAAGCAUACUGAGGAUAGAGUCGCUCGCUCUUUAGACCUCGUCGACGCUCAAGAGCAUUCAUGAUGAGAGUCAAAGCAUAAUUAAAGCAUGAUUGGAACACGGGUAAGCAUUUGAAGCUAGAGAGAUCCACGCCGUAUAUCCUCGCUCAUCCAUUCUUUCUCUCCUGUGAUUUGUCGGCGCACUCUGCCAUGCGUACUGAGAGACAAUAUCCAUGCAAUAACACGGACCUACCUUCAUUCGGCCUCUCUUCAAGAUUCAACUUCCGAACCGUCGGGAAGGCCAGCUCUCGACAUGCUGCACGACGCCAGCUGAGCAAAAGUCCAUCAAAUCGCGUUCAGAUGCAGGGAGCUGAUGAAGACUCACGCAAGCUGCAAGGGAAGUGUCCUGUCUCUCCUGAUCAUAUCUUGCAUACGUUCGCGCACUAUUAUUGUGAACUGAUUAUCAGGGGCCAUGGUGGAUGAGGAAGAAGCGAUCUCCGUGCCUCUGGGGGACAUUACUUCCAUCACGUGCCGAUCACAUGGGCGCGAUAAGUGGCGAAGAAGCACGCUGAAGAAAGGUCAGCACUGUGACAGUCUUACCCUCUUCAUCAUGUCGCCUCCCGCAAUACGUACGCCCGUAGAGCUCUGGAAUCUGAUUGUCAAAGAGCUGAUCGAGGACUGCCCCCUGGCGGUCCUCCAAUUGGCUCGCACCUGCGCAUAUAUCCGGGCUGCUAUCCUCGAUGAGCGUUGGAAAGAUAUAUUCCGCACGUGGUUCAAAGAAGACGCGGAGAUGGCCAAGGGGAAGUGGCGCGCAGCUGUGUGUGCCAAUGGAGGCAUCUUGGCUGACUCCGUGCUCGAGAUCGCAGCCAUGCUGAUUUCAGACUAUUCUUUUCAUCCUUUGGUCAAUUACAUCGAAGAAGACAUUCUUCAGCAUCUCCAGCGCAAAUUGCCUGUGAACUCAUCGACCAUCUCCCGGAGUCUCCUGAUCAAGGCCACACAACGCGCUGCGCCGUAUUUCUCAAUUCAAGCGUCCGAGAUGGGGGAUUCCUGGCCCGAUAAGAUCUUCUACCGUAAAAAAGUUCGAUGCCGUCUACUCGUCCGCCACGAUUCGACCCCGGCUCCUCUUCCCGACACCGGAUACUCAGCAAUCGCAGGCCUGUAUGUGAUGUCUGUCAGGGGUCAAUACAGAACAGGGUUUUUUGAGGAUUUGUUCUUGAUCCACAAGGUCGGGAUGGAGAAUCUGCUGAGGUCCUACCACGAGACGGCACCAGUCGUUCCAUUUUGUUUACCGUGCAUGAAGACGUUGAAGAGUAACGAUCUCUCUGCGGUGAUGCAGAUGGACAUCGGGUCGUUCAAGGCAACGAAGAACCACCCCAGUGGUCGCGCAAUGCAAGGCCAGGGAUUGUACGACAGACCAAACAACCUUCGCGGUCCGAGCCACCUGUGGUCUCUGUUACAGAUACGGAACGUAUCCAACGUCCUCAUUCUUUUCUUCCACCCGUCGUGCGAUUUCCUCGAAAGCAUUCUCGACUGGGCUCCUCUUGCGACCGGGCUGAGCGAUGGUUCGGCGCUGGGCUAUGCGUUUACCGCAGACAUGUCGAUCCUGAACGGCUGGGACCGGAAUCUCUUCGGUCGCGACUCUAUAGACUACAUCAUCGCAGUUCGAAUGAAGACUAUCCGCUUGGUUGCUGCUUCGACGGACUCGGCGGGAUUGGAUGCGCGCUUCAAGGAGGGGAUCUUGGCUCCAUGGCUCCAGAGCCUGGGGGUUGACGACGACGAGGUCCAGCGCUUUCUUGCAGUGAUUGCGCGCACCGAGAAUUAUCGCGGGAAGGUAACGGGUCCGUUAUCGUUUUUGGAUGGGAGUCCGCGUACGAAAUUGAUAAUCGGUGAUUCGGUCGCCUUGCGAUACAAGCAAGACGCCGCGCUUUUGGAGCCUUUGUGAUGAUCGAACUCUUGCUCUUUUUGUUGCUUUGCUGUAUUAUGAUUAGGAUUUGUAUCAACGGAAUGGAGUCAUAAUACACAGGAUGUCCA